AUGACAAUAUCAUUGGUACCAUUCUUUGUUGGUACCAUAACAAUAUCAUUGGUACCAUUCUUUGUUUGUACUAUGACAAUAUCAUUGGUACCAUUCUUUGUUGGUACCAUGACAAUAUCAUUGGUACCAUUCUUUGUUGGUACCAUGGCCAAUAAAUAUCAUGGUACCAUCCU